AUGCCUCUGAGUGACUUGAAUGUUUCUCUAUCUGAGAUUGUGGAGAACAGCAUCUGCACCCUGAGGAACCUCUCGUACCGGCUGGAGGUGGAGAUGCCCUCCUCCCGUCUCCUUGGCAACCAGGAGCUGGACACCUUGCUGGGUUUCUCCUCCCCAGCCAAGGAGCUGGACUACAUCUGCUGGGGAAAGAGGAGGCGCGGGAGGAAGAGGAGUGGCUGGCCUGAAGGCAAGUGGGACGGCAUUGGACCGGUCCCGGGUUUCUGUCAGUCUCUGAGAGGGGCGGAGCUUCUGUGGCACCCCAUGGUGGUGAAGCCGUACCUCAACCUGCUGGCUGAAAGUUCCAACCCCGCCACGCUGGAGGGGGCCGCCGGCUCCUUACAGAACCUGUCUGCUGGGAGCUGGAAGUUCUCAGCAUACAUUCGAGCAGCUGUGCGAAAGGAGAAAGGCUUGCCCAUCUUGGUGGAGCUGCUGAGAAUGGACAAUGACCGGGUUGUCUGCUCUGUUGCCACCGCACUCCGAAAUAUGGCGCUGGAUAGCCGCAACAAGGAGCUGAUAGGAAAGUACGCCAUGCGGGAUCUGGUGAACCGUCUGCCCGGCGGCAGUCCCUCGUUGCUGUCGGAUGACACGGUGGCGUCGGUCUGCUGCACGCUGCACGAGGUCACCAGCCGCAACAUAGAGAACGCCAAAGCCUUAGCCGACAGCGGAGGCGUCGAGAAGCUGGUGGACAUCAGCAAAGGCCGAGGGAAAGGGUACUCCAUGAAGGUUGUGAAGGCCGCAGCUCAGGUGUUAAACACUUUGUGGCAGUACAGAGAGUUGAGGAGCCUUUACAAACAGGACGGGUGGAACUACACCCACUUUGUCACCCCUGUGUCAACUCUGGAGCGAGAUCGCUACCGUUCUCAGCCAACCCUGCCCACCAGCCCGCUGCAGAUGUCGCCAGUGAUCCAGUCAGGAGGCAGUGCAACAUCCUCACCAGCGAUGCUCGGAAUAAGAAGACACAGCUCGAACUACCAGAGAGCUCAGUCAUCUAUGCAACUUGACACGUAUUAUGGAGACAGUGUACACAAAAGACAGUAUACAGGGUCUGAGAAGAAAACCCCCUAUUUUAUUGGGACUUACUCCUCCCAGUCAGGAGAGGAUUUGAGAAGAUCCCAC